ACCACCCAGCAGAAUCCCAGGAGACCGUGCAGGGGAGCGGAUUCGGGAGCAUCCUCCUCCAAACCUUUGUCAAGACAAAAGAUGUUUCAGCUUUGGAAACUUGUUCUCUUGUGCUGCCUGAUCACUGGGACCUCAGUGUCUCUUCUUGGUAAUCUUGGCAAUGAUGUAGAUAACGUUGUGAACAACCUUGAGAAAGGAGCUGAGACUGUUGACAAUACACUUGAAGGUGUCCUUCAGAAAGUGAAGGGUGACUUGUAGGCGCUUCAGGAAUCCAAGGCUUGGCAACUAGCCAAGCAGAAGUUCCAGGAAGCUGAGAAUUUGGUGGACAAUGCUGCUUCUAAGAUCUUGCCAAUUGUGAACGGUUCUUUGGUUGAAAAUCAGUCACACCAAAUCCAGGAUCUCAAAGCUGAACUGACUCCUGAUGGCAAAGGUGUUAACCUGACCAUCCCCGUGACCGCCGGUGUCAGCCUGGCCCUGCCUCUCGUUGGCCAGGUUGCCGACCUGAAGACUUCCUUGGACCUCCUGACUAGUGUCAGAAUCGAAACCGAUGCCCAGACCCGCCACUCCACAGUGGUCCUGGGAGAAUGCACCAACGACCCAGCCAGCAUCUCACUCACCCAGCUGAACGGGUACCACUGUGAACAGAUCACCAAGACUGUGAACACCCUGAACAGCUUCCUGAGCAAGACCAAGUCCUUCCUGGUGCAGAAGGAGGUGUGCCCAUUGAUCCACAUCUUCCUCCACAACCUGGAUGUAAAUUCCUUCCAGAACCUCGGCACCGUGGGGUCGCUCACCAUUUAUAAAGUCUGCCCUACUGCAGAGCCCAUCGGGAAUCAACUGACGGAGAUCUCCACAGCACACCGGAGAAAUCCAGGUACCUGA